UCGUCAACGGUUGUUCCGAGCGGUUGGAUCUCCGGUUAACAAAAUCUCGAAAAAGCACACUAACCCGCCACCAAGAAAAUCUCAAUAAAAUCGCACUUAGGACCGACACUCAAUUACAAAAGUACGCUGGAAAUUGUUGUGUUAUUCUGCUGAUUCAUUCCGCUUUGUGGCGGAAGUUUUCCCCAUUUUCCCUUCGCGUGCGGCCAUUAAUUUCAAAUGUGCACCUGAUUUUUAUCGCGACCGAAAGCCGCCCACCAUUUUCCGGCCAAGUUCGCUUAGCAAGUUACGUUAACCGAGAAUCAAAUAAAUAUGUGCCACCAUUAACCACCGAUGUCAUUUGGCCGGCGAUUCUUCGAUGGGGAAGACCAGAAAAAAGCUAUUCCUUUGGCGCGUGUGAAGUUGUGACUCGACCCAAUUAGGCAAAAACGCUAAUAUAAUUAACAAAAAUAUUUUAAUUAUACCAGCUGAUGGCGGAAAAAAGCUUUCACUGCAACACCACAGCCAAACCCGUUUUCGUACUUAAAAAACCAGCACAUAUACUACGUUUACGAAUACUGUUGUUGCUCUUACUAUAAGGGACAUAUAAUACGAUAUAGUAAAGCGGCAGCAUCGCAUCGCAUUCGGCAACUUGUUUAUUUCAAAAUUAUAUAUAACAAACACCAAAAAAAAAGCCCCAAAACGGGUAUCUUAUAAAUAGUGCGCUUUGUUUCGGCACACAACAACAAGAUCGACACCCCAACAACAGUGGCUCUCACUUGACGUAGGUCAGGCCAAAGCUCCGCUGGAUCAAAAAGCCAAAAAAAAAGAAACAAGAAAAAAAAUCCAAUACCUGUUGCCGGCGUUUUGAUCGAGAAAAGAGAGCGAACCCGAUAAAUGGGUCUCGACCCAUCUCCGUAGACUCCAAGCCAUCCGAUCGUCUCCGAGAAAAUGCUCCACUGGUCCCUGAUAGUUAGUGCCCUGGGCGUCUGCGUGGCCGGCUUGGGCGGCUACUGCGGCUGGAUUCUCUUCCCCAACAUGGUGCACAAUAAGGUCGAACAGAGCGUCAUUAUAGCAGAUGGCUCGGAACAAUAUAAACGUUUUGUUAAACUGCCCCAGCCAUUGAACUUCAAAGUCUACAUAUUUAAUGUGACCAAUCCGGAUAGGAUUCAACAAGGUGCCAUACCCAUUGUAGAGGAAAUAGGACCCUAUGUGUACAGGCAGUUCCGUCAGAAGAAGGUAAAACAUUUUUCGAGGGAUGGAUCGAAAAUCUCCUAUGUGCAAAAUGUGCAUUUCGAUUUCGAUGCAGAUGCCUCAGCCCCGUACACCCAAGAUGAUCGUAUAGUGGCGCUCAAUAUGCACAUGAAUGCAUUCUUACAAGUAUUCGAAAGAGAAAUCACAGAUAUCUUUCAGGGAUUUGCCAAUAGGCUAAAUUCUCGAUUGAAUCAGACACCAGGAGUACGAGUCCUGAAACGAUUGAUGGAACGUAUUCGAGGGAAACCGCCCUUCAGUUGGGUACAUGGCAUCAUGAUCAGCAUUGUCGAUGGUGUCAAAUCUGUCCUGCAAAUCUCUGAGAAUGAUCCUGGUUUGGCUUUGCUGCUGGUUCAUUUAAAUGCCAAUCUGAAGGCAGUCUUCAAUGAUCCAAGAUCCAUGUUUGUGAGCACAUCUGUGCGGGAAUAUCUCUUCGAUGGAGUGCGUUUCUGCAUCAAUCCCCAGGGAAUCGCCAAGGCUAUUUGCAAUCAGAUCAAGGAGAGUGGAUCGAAAACUAUUAGGGAACAAAGCGAUGGAAGUCUGGCCUUCUCCUUCUUUGGACACAAAAAUGGUUCCGGACACGAAGUCUACGAAGUGCAUACCGGAAAAGGAGAUCCCAUGAGGGUGUUGGAGAUCCAAAAACUGGAUGACUCGCAUAAUCUGCAGGUGUGGUUAAAUGCCAGCGCAGAGGGCGAAACUUCAGUCUGCAAUCAGAUCAAUGGAACCGAUGCAUCGGCCUAUCCACCAUUUCGCCAGCGAGGGGAUUCCAUGUAUAUCUUCAGCGCGGAUAUUUGUAGAUCAGUAGAGCUCUUCUACCAGACAGAUAUUCAGUACCAGGGUAUCCCUGGAUACCGGUACUCCAUCGGCGAAAACUUUAUCAACGACAUUGGUCCGGAACAUGAUAACGAGUGUUUCUGCGUUGACAAGCUAGCGAAUGUGAUAAAGAGGAAAAAUGGAUGUCUAUAUGCGGGGGCCUUGGACUUGACCACCUGUUUAGAUGCCCCUGUGAUUUUGACAUUGCCUCAUAUGCUGGGCGCCUCGAAUGAGUACCGAAAAAUGAUAAGAGGCUUAAAACCAGAUGCCAAAAAACAUCAGACUUUUGUGGAUGUGCAGUCGCUGACGGGUACGCCCUUGCAAGGCGGUAAAAGGGUUCAGUUUAAUAUGUUCCUCAAGAGCAUUAAUCGAAUAGGGAUCACCGAAAAUCUACCAACAGUUUUAAUGCCCGCAAUUUGGGUAGAAGAGGGCAUCCAACUCAAUGGCGAAAUGGUGGCCUUCUUCAAAAAGAAAUUGAUUAACACACUAAAAACCCUCAAUAUUGUCCACUGGGCGACCUUGUGUGGAGGCAUUGGUGUGGCGGUUAUCUGCCUGAUAUACUAUGUCUAUCAGAAGGGGCGUGUUGAGGAGCCACCCGUGAAGUAAGAUAUUAAUCAUAAAUCCGUAUUUGUUAUUGAGUGUUAUGUAAAAUGUAUUUGUUAUAUUAUUAUGAUAAUUAUGGAUGUAAAACAUGCAGUUUUUGUCUA